AUGGAGGCAACGCUUGUUUCCUUUAUUAAAGUUCUAGGAGAGAAGGCUAUUUCAAUAGCCAGUGAAGAGUUCUGUCAUUUGGUCGGUUUGAAAAAGGGGAUGCAGCUGUUGAAGGAAUCAUUGUCCAUGAUCCAGGCUGUCCUUCAUGAUGCAGAGAGGCGACAAGUUGGAGAAGAAGCUGUGAAGCUUUGGUUAGAGAAGCUUGAAAAUGUGGCUUUUGAUGCUGAUGAUGUGUUGGAUGAGUUCAAUUAUGAUGUUCUUCGACAAAAGGUUCAGAUUCAAAACCAAAUGAAGCACAAGGUAUGCUUCUUCUCAAUUUUAAGCCCAGUUCCAUGCAAACAUGUCAAACUGGCAAAGAAAAUUCAUGAAAUGAAUGUGAAGUUGAAAAGCAUAAAUGAAGAUGCAAAGAACUUUGGCUUUCUUUCACAAAUAGGUGCAAAUGCAAGUGCAUCACUUCCUUUUCCUAGUAGAUUCAUCAUGUUAAAUCGAGAGACUGACUCUACUAAUGGUUGUUCUACUUUUAUUGGAAGAGAUAAUGAUAUAGCAAACAUACUAGAAAAGUUGACUGCAAAGAGUGAUGAAAUUGUCUCAGUUAUUCCCAUAGUUGGAAUGGGUGGGAUUGGGAAGACAGCGUUGGCUAAAAGAAUUUUCAAUCAUCAUAAAACUCAAAAUCAGUUUGAUGAAAAGAUCUGGGUAUGCGUGUCUGAAAAUUUUAAUGUGAAUAGGCUUUUCGGAUUGGUUCUAGAAUCAUUGGGGCAGAAGACUGAAAAAGAGAGUCGAGAAGCAAGAACUAGAAAACUUCAAGAGAAAUUGGAAGGCAAGACAUACCUCAUGGUCUUGGAUGAUGUUUGGAAUGAAAACUUUGGUAUGUGGGAUGAUUUUAUGGGAUCACUAAAAGGUAUCAACACAACCAAGGGAAAUUUCAUACUUGUGACCACCCGCAAGCACCAGGUGGCCUCCAUUAUGGCGACAUCAUCUUCUCAUUGUUCUUUAGGAGAACUAUCAGAUGAUGAAUGUUGGCUCAUAUUCAAAGAGAAAGCAAUUGGCCGACACGAAGUGUUGGAAGAGUCCCGAGCCAUAGGAUUGGAGAUUGCACAAAUAUGUCAAGGUUUACCAUUAGUUGCAUGUACAGUAGGUGGCAUGUUGCGUAACAAGAGAAGAGAAGAAUGGAUUUCAGCUUUAAAGAGGGGGCUCCAAGGUUUAACUGAAAAUGAAAACAACGUGAUGCACAUAUUGAAGUUAAGCUUUGAUAAUCUUCCAUGCCCAGAUCUUAAAAGAUGUUUUGCAUAUGGUUCAAUUUUCUCUAAGGAUUCUGUUAUGGAAAGGGACCAACUAAUCCAACUUUGGAUGGCCGAAGGAUUUCUACAAACACAGUCGAGAAGCAUGGAUAUGGAGGAAAUUGGCAACAUGUUUUUCACCAUUUUACUGCAGAAUAGCUUGUUCCAAGAUGUAGAAUGGGAUGAGUAUGAUCGCAUUCUCUCUUGUAAAAUGCAUGAUCUUGUGCAUGAUCUAGCGCAAUCCAUGCAAAACUCUCAACGCGAUGAAGAUGACAUUCAUCCUAUUCGGCAUCUUGCAUUGGAGAACUGUGGAGAAGAAACACCAUCCAUCCUAAACAAGAGGUUCAGAUACAUAAGAUCGUUAUUUUCAGUAUACGAUAUUUCUGAAGAUGUGUCAUAUUUUAUCUCUUUGCGAGUUCUUAACUUAUCUUCAACAGAUCUGACUUUGCUUCCUAAGUCCAUUAGCAAGUUAUUUCGUUUAAGAUACCUUGAUCUGUCUGAUACACCAAUUGAAGGCUUGCCAAACUCUAUUUGCAAGCUUUACAACUUGCAGACAUUGAGAGCCAGAGAUUGCUAUGGCCUGAGAGAGUUUCCUAUGAAGUUCAAGAAUUUGAUAAGCUUAAGGCAUUUUGAUUAUUUUACCGAUGACAGUUGCAGUAGUCGGAUGCCGUUUGAGUUGGGGAAGUUGGCUUGUCUUCGAAAACUACCCUUCUUCAAUGUAGGUGAAAUAAAGGGUUGGAAAAUUGAAGAGUUGAGAAACUUAAAGAACCUAACUGGCAGACUAGAGAUACGGAAUCUUGAGCUGGUCAAUUGCAAAAAAGAAGCCGAGUGUGCAAAUUUAUUGGAGAAGUCAAACAUCCAUGAGUUGACAUUUGCAUGGUGCGAGGACCAAAUAGAUACAAACCGAGCGAUUGGUGUAUUGGAAGGCCUAAAACCUCACCCAAAUCUGAAAGGCUUGAUUCUGAAAAAUUUCAUGGGAAACCAACUAGCAUCUUGGAUUUCAGAUCUUCGUAACUUAGUGAAAUUGGAAGUAAGAAAUUGCCGAAGAUGCAAAGAGAUACCUGCUCUUGGACAUUUGCCCUUUCUGCAAUAUCUUGAGUUGGUAGGACUGGACAACAUAACAUGCAUAGGGCCUUCCUUUUAUGGUUUUGAUAAUUCUGAUGCAUCCAGCAGCAACCAUAGCAGUGGUCAAGCAGUAACAAGGUUGUUUCCGGCACUUAAAUAUCUUAUCCUCAAUGACAUUGAAAAUCUUAAACACUGGAUGGAAUUGUCAGUGGAGAUAAUUCCAACAGAUCGUGUGGUAGUGUUUCCUAUCCUUGAGGUGUUAAAUAUUCAUCGGUGUCCCCAAUUAACCACUGUUCCAACUCAAUUCCCAAGUCUUAAGGACUUGGCCAUCAGUUACAUCAACCACGGUUUGCCAGUAGUAACAAAGAUUUGCAGCAAAGUGAUCACUCUGACACAUCUCCUGCUUCAUGGAGUGCAAGGGCUUACUUGUCUUCCUGAUUGGUUGUUACUCAACAACGCCAAUCUUACAAAGCUAUCAUUAUUUGAUUGUCUUGAUUUAAAACACCUUGUUUCUGACAGCCAAGAUUGCAGCAUUGAUCAUCAAACACAUAAUCUCAACGGCAUUGGGUCACUUGAGACACUGUAUAUACUUAGAUGUAGUCAGCUGAAGUCAGUUCAAAUUCCUAGCAGAUUACUCGGCUCCCUACAAAAGAUUGUUAUUUCGGAAUGUCAUGGCUUGAUCAAUUUGUCAAGUGAGAUAAUGAAGUCCUCCGCUUCUCUUGAUCACUUUGAGGUGUCCAACUGCUCCAAUCUCAACUCAUUUCUAGAAGAUUUAGAGCUAACACCUUCUCUCUCGUAUUUGUGGCUGUCCCACUGUGUGCAACUCACCAAUAUGCCAAACGGGAUUUGCUGUCUUACAAGCUUGAGGCAUUUGACAAUAGGUGCUUUCUCGGAUACCAUGGAGUUUAGUUCAUUCAGAGACGCCUUCAGUGGUUUCAAACAUCUAUCCUCUUCCCUUCUUAGAUUACAUUUGUAUGGGCAGCCUCACUGGGAAUCUCUGCCUGACCAACUUCAGCACCUCUCUGCACUAGAAGAACUCAAGUUGUAUGAUUUUGGAGUAAAAUUUUUGCCUGAUUGGUUUGGGAAGCUCUUGUCUCUUGAAAAACUACAUCUGCGUGCAUGCUCAAUCCUACAGCAUUUUCCUCCUCAGAUAGAGAUGAGAAGACUCACCAAACUAAGCGAAUUGUAUAUUAUAGACUGCCCCUUGUUAACGCAGAGAUGCUAUCCACGGAGUGACUCCAACCCAGAGUGGUGCAAGAUUUCUCACAUUUCAGGAAUAUUGAUUCCAGGAUUCCAAACUGAUGGCAAAUAUUCUUGA